GACGCCGCGAGUUCCGGCUGUCGCGGCGGCUGCAGACCUCUGGGUCGGUUGCGACGAGUAACGGCGCCGGGGGUCUCUCUACCCCCUCCUCCGACAUGUACCCGACUUGGGGCCGGUAUGGCGGAGCCAGCCAUUACCCGCCGCCCCCGGUGCCUCCGCCGCCCCCGCCCGUGGGGCUCCCCGAGGCCUCCCCGGGGCCCGGCGGCUACUCGAGCGCGGCGGCGCCGGCGGCCCCUGCCUCCUCGGGCUUCUUGAGCUUCCGCGAGCAGCACUUGGCGCAGCUCCAGCAGCUGCAGCAGAUGCACCAGAAGCAGAUGCAGUGCGUCCUCCAGCCCCAUCACCUCCCCCCGCCGCCCCUGCCGCCCCCUCCGGUCAUGCCCGGCGGGGGCUACGGGGACUGGCAGCCGCCGCCUCCGCCGAUGCCCCCGCCGCCGGGGCCGGUCCUAAGCUAUCAGAAGCAGCAGCAGUACAAGCACCAGAUGCUCCAGCAGCAGCACCGAGACGGGCCCCCUGGCCCAGUACCCAUGGAGCUGGAUUCGCCUCCCGAGUCUCCCCCAGUGCCCCCCGGUUCCUACAUACCCCCAUCCCAGACUUACAUGACCCCCAGUCAGCCUCCGCCCUCUUAUUUCCCUCAGUCUUCAUCCCAAUCCUACCUGCCACCAGCUCAACCAUCCCCUUCCCAGUCCCCACCUUCCCAAUCCUACAUUGCACCUUCCCAGUCCACCUCUUCCUAUUCCAGCUCCUCUCAGUCUUACUUGCCCCAUUCCCAGCCUUAUUUGCCCCAGUCCCAGUCAUCUCCUUCCCACUCCUCUCAGUCCCAUUCCAAAUCACAACUGGCUCCACCACAACCCAGCCCUUCUGGUACCAGUACAACUGCCCAGCAAGAGCCGUUGGAGAGUGGUGCCAAGAACACAAGUGCUGAGCAACCAGCCCCUCAACCAGAUCCUUCCACUAUGACCCCACAGGAACAGCAACAGUAUUGGUACAAACAGCACUUGCUUAGCCUGCAGCAAAGGGCAAAAGCACAUGCACAGGGACAGCAACCACUAAAGGGCCCUGGAGCAGUGAAAGAUGCACCAGAGCCAUCAAAAGAAGAAACUACAACAACCAGUCAAAUACCUGAACCUCCUCCGUUUCAGGAUCCCCCAUUACUACCCCCAAGUGAAGAGGUUCCACCUCCUCUCCCUCCUGAUGAGCCCCAGUCUGAAGAACCUGAGGAGGAGGCCAGGUUAAAACAAUUACAGGCUGCAGCGGCACACUGGCAGCAGCAACAACAUCACCGAGUUGGCUUUCAGUAUCAGGGAAUAAUGCAGAAGCAUGCCCAGCUACAGCAGAUCCUACAACAGUACCAGCAGAUCAUUCAGCAACCACCACACAUACAGACUAUGUCCGUAGAUAUGCAGUUGCGGCACUAUGAGAUGCAGCAGCAGCAAUUUCAACAUCUUUUCAAAGAAUGGGAACGAGAGUUUCAGCAGUGGCAGGAUCAGCUCCAUUCCUACCCUCACAAAGAUCAGCUUCAAGAGUAUGAGAAGCAGUGGAGCUCAUGGCAGGGACAUUUAAAAGCUACUCAGGCCAACCUUCAGGAGAAAGUGAACACACUUCAAAAUGUGAAAAAUCAGUAUAUGGGAAGCGUGACAAUACCGCCUCCAUUCGUUCCAUACUCUCAAAUGCCUCCAGCGAUACCAACAAUGCCCCCUCCUGUAUUGCCUCCGUCUCUGUCAGCAUCAUUACCACCACCAGUGAUGCCCCCUGCUCUACCUGCCACAGUGCCGCCACCUGUGAUGCCCCCCCCAGUGAUGCCUCCUCUACCAACAUCUGUUCCCCCACCUGGGGUGCCUCCAUCUCUGCCUUCAGCUGGACCUCCACCCGUUCUUCCUCCACCAUCUCUCUCUUCAGCUGGACCUCCACCCGUUCUUCCUCCACCAUCUCUCUCUUCAACAGGGCCUCCACCCGUUCUUCCCCCGCCAGCCCUUUCCUCGACAGCAGCUCCACCCGUAUUGCCUCCCCCACCUUUGUCGUCAGCAACACCCCCUCCAGGAAUGCCUCCCCCAAAUCUUACUUCAGCAGUUCUCCAACAAGGGUUACCCCCUCAAUUAACUAACACAUCAGUUCCACCAGCUGCAAGUUCUCAAAGCUCAAAACCUCCAGAUAAACCCAGACCAGCACUGCUUCCCACUCCUAUAUCCUUUGGUUCACCUCCACCUUACCAUCCUCCUAUAAAAUCAUCCAUGGGCUCUUCAGAACAAGUGAACUCUAAAGCUCCUCUGCCAUUCAGUUCUUUCUCAUCGGAACAAGGACACAUGGAACCCAAAAUUCCUACUACAGGAUCUUCACCUGCUUCAAACCAGCCUGGUAACACAAUUAAAGACACACCAGUGAGAUCAGGUGGGCUGCUUCCAGAUCCUCCCAGAAGUGCUUACUUGGAAGGUCCAAGAGGAGGUCCUAGGUUUGAUGGUCCUCGAGGAAGAUUUGAUGCACCAGGGGCAAGAUGUGAUGGACCGAGACCCAAAGGACCUCGUUUUGAAGGACAUCGUUCAGAUGGGACAAGACCCAAAUAUGAAGGACACCACUCAGAGGGUGCCUCUAAAAGCAAAUGGGGGACAAUUCCCCGGGGGCCAGCAUCACAGUUUUAUAUUUCUCCAAAUACUUCUCAAGGCCCUCGACAGAGUGGACCACAGUGGAGAAGUUCUAAGCCACCUUAUGGGCAGCAACAACAGCAACAUCCACCCAAAUCACAAGCAGAAUCUCAUCUAGGAAACAAGGAACCUUUAACGGACCCCAGCAGUGGCCAACAAAAGAACAACAGAAUGUCACCUCCAUUUUCUCUUGUUGCAGAUACAAAGGAUUCUAAGUCAUUUCAGUCCAGUGAGAAACUAAAAGAUACUCAACGUGAUGUUCCCCAAACUGAAGUCCAAGCAGGACCUAACGAUCCUUCAAACUGGAGCCAGAAUUCUCAAAAUAUGGAGAAACAAAUAGACAAAACUGGUCAGCCGUUAACUGCAUGCCAGAAACCCUUUGCAAACAAAUCUUCAUCAAUUCAAUCAACUUUUCCCUCACGAACAGGAGGAAUGGAUGGGGGAGGACCACCACCUAUACCAUCAUUAACUGCAAAUAAUGAUUUGAAAUCUGUCGGUGUUGGUAUCCCCCAAUUAGAAAAUAACCAGGACAAAGGUUUGCCUAGGCUAGAUAACAGAGAUCAUAGACCAGAAGGCAAUAGAGGUAGCAGUUCCUCUUACAGAGGCAGGGGACAAGUAAGAAUUGAAGACAUGCGUGAUAAGGGCCUGACUAACAGAGGGAGAGGACAAAUAAUCAAUCAGGGCCUUGGAAUGGGCAAACCAGAUGACAUUAGAGAGAAAGUGAUAGGCAGAAGGGAAGAGAAUCGAGAGAAGAUGGUCAGGCAAGAAGGCAGUCGAGAGAGGGUGAUGGGAAGACGAUCAGGCAGCCGAGAUAGAGGGUUAGGGAGGCUGGGAAGUGGUAGGGAGAAAAUUCCAGGUGGUCAGACAGAUAUUCAGGAUAGGGGGAGAGCUGGCAGCCGGGAAAGGGGACCUCCCCGGAGGGCCAACAGUCAAGAGAGAGGCCCUCCUAGAAGGGCUGGGAGCCGGGAGAGAGGACCUCCACUCCACAGGGCUGGGAGUAGAGAGAGGGGACCACCUCGGCAGCCUGGAAGUCGGGAAAGGGGUCUGGGCAGACCAGAAUUUGGUCGGGAUAAAGGUAUACCCAGAAUAGAACCUGGCAAUGUAGAUAAAUCAAUUAGGAUGGGAGAUGGGGAAAAAAUGCCCCCUUAUCAUCGAGAUGAUACGUCUAGGGCUCCCUGGAAUCAUGGAGAGGAUAGAGGGCAUGAAGACUUUUCAUUAGAUGGUAGAAAUGUCCCUCCUUUGGAAAGGGAAAGACUUGAUGAUUGGGACAGGGAAAGAUACUGGAGAGAAUGUGAACCAGAUUUUCAAGAUGAUGUAGAUCCAUACAACAGAGAGGACAGAUUUUCAUUGCCGCCUUCUCGAUCCCAUGAUGUCGAUCGGCGAGGACCUUGGUGGGAUGAUUGGGAUAGAGAUCGGGAUAUGGAUCGGGACUUUAGGGAUAUGGACAGGGACAUGGACAGGGAACGGGACAGGGACCGGGACCGGAUGGGAAGGCCUAUGGAUAUGUAUGAUCGAGAACUGGAUAGAGAGUGGGACAGAGAUUACAUGAGACCAAUGGAUGACCAAGAAUCACAAUUUCACGAACGUGAUAUUCCCCCCCUUCCUCCUUUGCCACCUCUGCCUCCUCUUCCACCUUUGGAUAGAUAUCGUGAUGACAGAUGGAGAGAUGAAAGAGAUAGAGAUCACAUAUAUGAUCGGGACCUUCGUGACAGGGGGGAAUUAAGAAUUCGAGAAUAUCCUGAGAGAGGAGAAACAUGGCGGGAAAAACGUGAUUACCUUCCUGAGCGGAUGGACUGGGAGAGAGAACGAUUGUCAGAUAGAUGGUACCCAUCUGAUGUAGACAGACAUUCCCCUAUGGGGGAUCAUAUGCCACCUCUUCCUCCAUCACACCAUUCUUCUGAAAUGUUGGGAGCAGAAGGAAACUUAGACUCUGAUCAGUCUAUUGGAGGGGUAAUGGUCCUUAGUCAAAGGCAGCAUGAAAUAAUUUUGAAAGCUGCACAGGAAUUGAAAAUGCUACGAGAACAGAAAGAGCAGCUUCAGAAACUCAAAGAUUUUGCUGCUGAGCCACAGGCACCUGACCUUCCGUUGCCGCCCCCUGAGCCGCCAAGACUUCAGGCCGCAUCUUCACGGCCACCCGGGAUCUUUCAGCCUCCAGGAUCCUAUAGGCCACCUCCUCCUAUGGGUAAACCACCCCUUCCAGGGAUGAGACAGUCUGCUCCAUCAGCAAGACCAUCUAUUCCUAUAACGAGGCCACCUGUCCCAAUUCCACCACCCCCUCCUGUGGUAAAGCCACAGCCUGCUGCUAUGGAACAAGAACGUUGGGAUGAAGAUUCAUUCCAUGGACUCUGGGAUACAAAUGAAGAUAAAGGACUUAAUUCAGAAUAUACCUCAGAAACAGGCCCACCAUCUGUUGCAAUGAAAGCACCACCAAUUCAUCCUUCUAUUCCCCCUCCAAGCCCAAUUCCUGUGGUUAUGCCGUCAAUGUCUAAACCUCCAGUGCAGCAGACAGUGGAUUACGGCCAUGGUCGAGACAUAUCCACCAAUAAAGUUGAACAAAUACCUUAUGGAGAGAGAAUAACUCUGCGUCCUGACCCCCUACCUGAAAGAUCAGCUUUUGAGACAGAGCACCCAGGCCAACGAGACCGCUAUGAUAGAGAUAGGGAUCGUGAACCUUAUUUUGAUCGUCAGAGCAAUGUCAUGGUAGAUCAUAGAGAUUUUAAAAGAGAUCGAGAAACACACAGGGACCGAGACCGUGAUCGUGCUAUUAUUGAAUAUGAUCGUGAUAGAUUUGACAGAGAUCGCCGUCCUCGGGAAGACCGGGCACCCCCAAUCACACCUAGGACACAAUCUUAUCGUGAUAAAAAAGAGCACUCCUCAUCCAGACGUGGCGGAUUUGAUAGGCCUUCAUAUGAACGGAAAACUGACAGGCCAGCUUAUGACCAUGGACCUUCUAUGUUUGGAGGAGACCGAAGGACUUAUCCUGAGGAACGGAUGCCUAUGUCUACACCAUCACUAAGUCACCAGCCACCACCAGCCCCUCGUGUAGAAAAGAAACCUGAAUCUAAGAAUGUCGAUGAUAUUCUGAAACCACCAGGCCGAGAGAGCAGACCUGAAAGAAUAGUCAUCAUAAUGAGAGGAUUACCUGGAAGUGGAAAGACACAUGUUGCAAAACUUAUUCGUGAUAAGGAAGUAGAGUGUGGGGGACCUGCACCUAGAGUACUCAGCCUGGAUGAUUACUUCAUCACUGAAGUGGAAAAAGAAGAGAAAGACCCUGAUACUGGAAAGAGGGUGAAAAAGAAGGUGAUGGAAUAUGAGUAUGAAGCUGAUAUGGAGGAGACCUACCGUACCAGCAUGUUCAAAACUUUCAAGAAGACCUUGGAUGAUGGCUUUUUCCCCUUCAUAAUUCUAGAUGCCAUUAAUGACCGAGUUAGGCAUUUUGAACAGUUUUGGAGUGCAGCAAAAACCAAGGGCUUUGAGGUGUAUUUAGCUGAAAUGAGUGCAGACAACCAGACUUGUGGCAAAAGGAACAUCCAUGGAAGAAAACUCAAGGAAAUUAAUAAGAUGGCUGAUCACUGGGAGACUGCACCUCGUCAUAUGAUGCGCCUGGAUAUUCGUUCCUUGUUGCAAGAUGCUGCUAUUGAAGAGGUGGAGAUGGAAGAUUUUGAUGCAAAUAUUGAAGAGCAGAAAGAAGAAAAGAAAGAUGCGGAGGAAGAGGAAAGCGAACUGGGUUACAUUCCGAAAAGCAAAUGGGAGAUGGACACAUCUGAGGCAAAGCUAGACAAGUUGGAUGGCCUGAGGACUGGCACUAAGAGGAAGCGGGACUGGGAAGCAAUUGCCAGUAGGAUGGAGGAUUAUCUUCAGCUUCCUGACGAUUAUGAUACCCGAGCUUCUGAACCUGGAAAGAAGAGGGUAAGAUGGGCAGACUUGGAAGAAAAGAAAGAUGCAGAUAGGAAAAGGGCCAUAGGUUUUGUGGUUGGACAGACUGACUGGGAGAAGAUCACAGAUGAAAGUGGUCACCUUGCUGAAAGAGCCCUCAAUCGCACCAAAUAUAUUUGAGACUUAGUUAUUGAAUGGAGUCCUUAUUGCCUGUAAGGAUGAUUGCUUUUAGGCACUCUGAAGUCAAGGACUCAUGGAGAUCCUUUGGGGGUCACAUCGCUUCCAAGUUCAGUUUUAUGUUUUAUUUCUGCUGCUUUAGUUUUUACAAGUUUCUCUAAAUAUUGGCAGAUGAUCUCGUGUCCCCCAAGAGGUGUUAGAGUCUUGCUGUACCUGAGCAAGAUGCGAGUUUUCUUUUUAACUGUUUUGGGAAGGGAGGGAUUGAUAGCUUAGCUACUAAAGCCAGGGUGGGAUCAUGGGAGAGAUCUAACAGAAGAUUUCCUCCACUGUACAAAGUCACAGACUGUAUCAUCAUUGCUUUGUGGCCGUUUCCUUUUUAUACUGUAUGUAAUUGGUAGCUGAUUGUACUAGGAUUAAGAACAAUAAACUUUCACUAUAAAGCCAAUGAGGUUCAUGGGCUAUACAGCAUGGGCCCCUUUCUCUUGUUUUUGUUUUUGUUUUUUCAUUUUAUUUUUUGUAUUUAAUGUUGUGUGUCCUUAAUGUGUGCUAGCUUUACAUACCAAACUUGUUUCCCUUGACAGUUGCAGAGCUCAGUGAUUCUGUAGGACCUACAUAUUGUAAACAUAAAGCUCAAUGUUUGAGCACACAUUGUUGUCUUUGUAGUUGACUUCUUUAUCUAUCUUUGCCUCUUGAUGACUGGUAGUGGUUAAUUUCAAGUUACUCAUUAGCUCCCUGGAGAAUAUCUGUUCUAUAAGAUAACGUUUUUCUUUUUUGUCUUCCUCUGUUCCGGUGUGUCCUUUAAAAUCUUAGUGGCCAGGACUGAUAUGCUCCAUGGAGCUCAGUAGGAUGUUGCCUUAGUGCUGAGCUUGAAGUACUGAUUUUUUUCAAACAAAAUGCUAGAAAAUUGUAUGAAGUGAUGAGGAGUCCUCUGGAAUACAACCCUGAAAUGUCUGGGUUUCUUGUCCUUACUAGAAGACUCCUCUUCAGUGAACUCUGCCUCCAACACAAAACUUAAUCUUGUUAUAGGUAUGCCAGGCUAUCACCUGGAAAUUUCCCAAGCUAGAACCCAAAUACCCCUCCUGUCUACAGAGAGAAGAGGACCUCUUUUUACUUUUUUUUUUUUUUUUAAAAACAAAGGGAAAAGUCAUUUUUCAGCCUAGGUGUUGGAGAGGAGCUUUCUUCCCAAACAGCAUUCCCAUUUCACAACCCAACACAGCAAGUCGUAAGUUUGUUUCUAAAAAGCUUGAAUAUUUAGACUUACUUUCCUUUACAUAUACAGUUAAGAAAUUGUUUUGUUUGCUUGUUCACAUUCAAUAUGGUGUAAAAAGAACUAAUAUUUGGCAAUUGGAUAGUAUCAUUUUUUGGACAAGAUAUUAAUAUACUUGAAAUUGUAGCCCUGAAACACUAAUUUAAGGUGAAAUCCUUUUCUGUACUCUUCUCUAUCCUGCAAUGCUAAAUGUUUAAAUUUAAGAUGCUUCUAAGUUCUUUAACCAGUCAAUACUGAAUGUAUUAUUUGCUACAUUAAAAAAGAACCACUGUUUGUAGUAUUUAAUAAUCCUUUCUCUGUUUGCUUAUUGAUCUAAUAUAUUUCUGUUAACAAGCUCUUUUAGCCUUUUUCAUUAUGUUUCGAUGAAAAACUUUUCACAGGGUGAAUAAUAGAAAAUAUCUCAA